AUGCCUGAAGAAAACUGCACUGCACUGACCAAGUUCAUUCUCUUGGGUUUCACUGACCGUCUGGAGGUGGAGAUACCUUUGUUUGGGCUCUUCCUACUCAUCUAUGCCACCAUUUUGGUGGGGAACGUUGGCCUCAUUGUGCUCAUCCAGCUCAAUGCCUGCCUUCAUACCCCCAUGUACUAUUUCCUAAGCAAUUUAUCUUUCUUAGACCUUAGCUGUUCAUCUGCCAUUGUUCCCAAGAUGCUGGUGAAUCUGUUAGCACAGGAGAAGACCAUUUCUUUAAUUGGCUGUGCAACACAGAUGUUUCUCUUUGCUGCCUUUGCUGAUGCAGAGUGCCUCAUUUUGGCUGCGAUGGCCUAUGACCGCUACAUGGCCAUAUGUCAUCCUCUUCUCUACACCGUCAUCAUGUUCCGCAGGGUCUGCACCUCCAUGGUAGCUGGGGCUUAUCUCAGCGGGGGUCUGACCUCGCUGGUGCACACAUCUUUCACGUUCACACUGUCAUUCUGUGGCUCCAAUGUGAUCAACCAUUUCUUCUGCGACAUUCCCCCACUGCUGGAGCUCUCCUGCUCCAAUACGCAUAUGAACGAGGUCCUCCUCUUCACCCUGUGUGGCUUUAUACAAACCAGCACCUUCCUGACCAUUGUUGUCUCCUACGCCUGCAUCCUCAGCACCACCCUCCGGAUCCGUGCGGCAGAUAGUAGGCACAAAGCCUUCUACACCUGCAGCUCCCAUCUGACGGCCGUCGGGUUAUUCUAUGGCUCCCUCCUCUUCACACAUUUACGGCCCAGCUCCAGCUACUCGCUGGACACAGACAAAGUGAUCUCUGCAUUUCAUACUGUUGUCUUUCCCAUGCUGAACCCCCUGAUUUACAGCCUGAGGAACAAAGAGGUGAAGGAUGCCCUAAAGAGAACAGUAGAGAGAAGAGUGUUUUCUCAGCGAUUUUCUUAG